AGAGGACUUGGUCUUUCUACCAAGUUGAAGGUGAAUGUUGUUUUGGCAUAUGGCAUGGGAAAUGGACUCACUAUUAUUUUUCUAAGUUCAUUUGUUGAACAAGUAGUUAUCAAUAUCAAACCCCUGUUUCCUCUCUCCUACCUUCCCUCCUCUUAUAAAACCACACUUUCCACCAUUCCACAUCUUCAAUUCCUCAUCUUUUCUCCAAUUUUUCAACUAUUCAACACACCUACAGUCAUCAUCAUCAUCAUCAUCAUCAUCAUGCCUGAAAGCAAGAAAGUGGUUGUUAAAGUGGAUGCUCAUAAUGAUAGAGAUAAAAGGAAGGUUUUGAAGGCAGUUUCCAAACUUUCAGGGAUCGAGUCGCUAGCCAUGGACAUGAAAGACCAGAAAUUGACGGUGAUCGGAGACGUUGAUCCGGUAUGUAUCAUCGCAAAACUUAAGAGGUGUUGGCACCCGAUAAUAGUGACCGUGGGACCAGCAAAAGAAGAGAAAAAGGGGGAAAAGAAGGAUGAGAAGAAAGACGAUAAGAAGGAUGACAAAAAAGACGAUAAGAAGGAUGAUGGGUGUAAAUUACUGGCGGAUUAUUACAGAGCUUACAAUCCUUGUAUGACACAGCGUUACUGUGUUUAUAGCAUUGAAGAAAAUCCCAAUGCUUGUGUUAUUUGCUGAAAGAUUGCAGUUUUCCAGAAUCAUGGGGGAAGAAGAUGAUCAACCUACAACUAAAGAUGAUCAUAUACAUAUUAUAUAUAUAUAUAUAUAUGGGUUUGGAUAUGGAUAUGGAUAUAGAUACGGAUUGUUGGUGAUUAUAUCUAUGUUUCAUUUAUAAAAGGAUUGUGUAUAGACCGAUAUAAUUCAGAGAAUAAUAAUUAAUAAUACAAUUUGGAAAUUUUGAUUUGA